AAACUGUGGAUGCUAUAAGGCUACUGGGGAAUGCUAUAAGGCUACUGGGGAAUGCUAUAAGGCUAGCGUGGGCCGGAUGACAGUCAUUAGGAUCUAAUCUGCCGUCUGAUUUUGUGUGGGUCAUUCACAAUGUAGUCUGGUCUGUGUAUGUUGCAAAAGUCAAAUUGCAAUAGGGGGUAGAUAUAAUUUUAAGGAACAGAGGAUAAAUUUUGUGUUUUGACUAAUCCCUGUUUUAACCCUUGUUGCAUCUUGUGCCAAUGUGUAUGUUUAAAUAUGUCUAUAAGCUCUUGUCUAUAAUGGUUCUGUAACGUUUUCAGAUGUCUUCGCCUUCUCCUUCGGUUGGCAGUCGAAGUACUCCAUCCUUUCACAUGCAGGGACACUCCGACACUGAAUCCUCUGCUGGCGAGGAAUUGCGUUUUUCUCCUGAACCAAUGGAGUCAACACAGGAGGGUACACAUUCCAUUGAAAAUCUGCGAAGUAGACGUCAUAACGACGAGGAUGACACAAACAGGCAAAGUGAAAAUCCAUCACCAGUUCAAAAAAGAACUUCCAGGCGUGGUGGUCGUGGACAACGUGGUCGUGGCAGUCGUCGUGGACGUGUAGGCCGUCUGAAAUCAUAUCAACACGCUGGAGGUCAAUACGCGAUAGGUUUAUGCGUGACCUCAAUCAUGAACGAACGGCGCCAAGUGGUUCCGGUCCUUCUCAGAGGAAAGCUUACCAAUAUGCACCACAUCUUCAAUUUCUUCAACGUUGUUUUCAGCAGCGCAUGACUCAUUCAAGCACACUCCCUCCUGAAGCAGAACCUCUUGAACAUGAGGAAUCAACAGAACAAUUGUCUGGACGAUCUACCGAUCAAACUUCGUUACCAUCUCAGUCACAGGAUUCUGCUCAUGAGUCGCGCGGCCGCCAAACUGAGACAUGUGCUCAGAUUGAAGAUACUCGACAGUUCAUUUCUUCUGCCUUUGACCGAGUUUUAAGUAGGCCGAGGCCAGUUCGAAGACCACAUAGAGUCUUUGAGGAUCUUGCACUGAUCUUCCGAGAUUGUUUAUUAAAAAUAGAGGAGGAGCAAACUCGGUAUAAGCAAGAGUUAACUUCCAUGAUCAAUCAUGUCGAGGUAGUUUGUCGUCCAGAACCCCUUAACCCUAAUCAGCAGUUUCUAUUAACGUUAAGUCAUUGGAUGGACAGCAUGACUCCAGAGCAGAAUUGUGAUUGUCGAGUGACAUUGAUCAAAACUGUUUGGAAUAUUAAACACCCACCACCCUCUCAAUUUGUUCCUCUGGCUCAGUCGUAUCCCCCAGCCACCUCCUACCCAACAUCCAUGACUUCUCCACCUGCUCACUCAUACUCUGAGCCACAUAUCGCUCCCCAGUCACAAAACUUUCAACAGUCUCAACAGUCACAAAACUUUCAACAGUCACAAAACUUACCCCUAUCCCAAACCUUUUCCCAUUCACAAGACUUUAGCCAGUCCCAAAACUUCCCCCCAUCCAACACUUUACCUACGUACCACAACUUCCCACAGGCCCAAAACGUAGGCACUGCACAAAAAUUUCCAGCUUUACAGAACUUUUCAUCAACAUCCCACAUCUUUAUUCCAUCCCAAAGCCAUCCACCGUACCAAAGACAACCUACGUCCAACCAAUACUCAACGUCUCACACAUUUCCACCUUCUUUCAGCCAAUCCCAAUCACAGCUACCUUCCUAUGUCUCUGCACAAACACCUUUCCAAUCCAAAAGCACUGGAAGUUCCCAAACACGUCUACAGACACCAAGUCCAGAGUUGAUUUCUAGGUCAACUCCAAAUAAAAUCUCCAUAAACGAAGGUGUUUCCACCUCCGUUUUUCCCACUCAAACCACUUUUAAUACCCCUUUCUCAAACCAAUCUGUUCCAUACCAAUCUGGUACUGAUUCAUAUUCCCUUCAUACUCCACAACAUCAACAACAGGGUGAUUAUGUCAGACCGCAACAUUCGUUCAUGCAAUCACUCCUAGACCAAAGUGCAGAAGAUGAUGGGUCCCCAACUGCUGCCCCAGGAAAGGCUCCAUUCACUCAACCAAAACCCUAGUUAGCUAAAUAUAUAUUAUGUUUUCUUUAAGUUUAUAAAUGAGUACCUGGCAAGGUUAUAUU